CCGCCCCCUGCCCUCCGCCAGUGGCGCGUGGCGCCCACGUGACCGCGCCGCACUUCGCCAUGUUCCAUUGAGAGGCGCGGCGUCUCCACUCCACUGUCGCACUGUACGAGUUCCCGGGAGGCGGCCGCACCAUGAGCACCACUCCGUACAACGAGGACAAGGGCUCCUCGUCCACAGGGGAGCCCGAGUAUGGGCACGACCCGGCCAGCGGGGGCAUCUUCACUGCCGACUACAAGAAACACGAUGACUUGAAGGAAAUGCUGGACAGCAACAAAGACUCGUUGAAGCUGGAGGCCAUGAAGAGGAUUGUCGCGAUGGUGGCCAGAGGAAAAAAUGCAUCGGAACUCUUCCCAGCUGUUGUAAAGAACGUGGCUUGUAAGAACUUAGAGGUGAAGAAGCUGGUCUACGUAUACCUCGUGCGUUACGCAGAGGAGCAGCAGGACUUGGCCCUUCUGUCCAUCAGCACGUUCCAAAGGGCUUUAAAGGACCCGAACCAGUUGAUCCGAGCGAGCGCGCUGCGCGUGCUGUCCAGCAUCCGGGUGCCCAUCAUUGUGCCAAUCAUGAUGCUCUCCAUCAAGGAGGCGGCCUCUGACAUGUCGCCGUACGUGCGAAAGACAGCGGCACACGCCAUCCCCAAACUCUACGGUCUCGAUCCAGAUCAGAAGGAUCAGCUGAUAGAAGUCAUCGAGAGGCUGUUGGCGGAUAAAACGACGUUGGUGGCAGGGAGUGUGGUGAUGGCCUUUGAGGAGGUUUGCCCCGAGCGCAUUGACCUGAUCCACAAGAACUACCGCAAGCUGUGCAACCUGCUGGUGGACGUGGAGGAGUGGGGCCAGGUGGUCAUCAUCAACAUGCUGACCCGCUACGCUCGCACGCAGUUCCUCAACCCCAAUCAAAACGAGUCGCUGCUGGAAGAGAACAGCGAGAAGGCGUUCUACGGCUCGGACGACGAAGCGGCUGAAGAGAAAGCGAGCGACUCCCCCCUCCCCAAGAGCAAGCCCUACAUGAUGGACCCCGACCACCGGCUGCUGCUCAGGAACACCAAGCCCCUGCUGCAGAGCCGCAACACGGCCGUGGUGAUGGCCGUGGCUCAGCUGUACUUUCAUUUGUCACCGAAAGCUGAGCUUGGUGUAAUCGCCAAGCCCUUGGUGAGGCUUUUGCGGAGCCACAGGGAGGUGCAAUACGUCGUAUUGCACAACAUUGCUACCAUGACCAUUCGAAGAAGGGGUAUGUUCGAGCCUUACCUCAAGAACUUUUACAUCCGCUCUACAGACCCAACACAGAUCAAAACUCUGAAGCUUGAAAUUCUCACCAACCUCGCAAGUGAGACCAGCAUCUCGAUCAUCCUGCGAGAAUUCCAGACUUACGUGAAGAGUCAGGACAAGGCUUUCGUGGCUGCCACCAUCCACGCGAUUGGCCGAUGUGCGACCAACAUCUCCGAAGUGACGGACACGUGCCUGAAUGGCCUCGUGGGUCUCCUCUCCAACAGGGAUGAGUCUGUUGUGGCCGAGAGCGUGGUGGUGAUUAAGAAGCUGUUGCAGCUCCAGCCGUCCAAACACACCGAGAUCAUCAAGCACAUGGCCAAGCUCCUGGACACCAUCACGGUGCCCAUGGCUCGGGCGAGCAUCCUGUGGCUGAUUGGAGAGUACUGUGAGCACGUCCCCAAGAUCGCUCCCGACGUUCUCAGGAAGGUCGCCAAAUCCUUCAUCGGCGAGGAAGAUAUUGUGAAGCUGCAGGUGCUGAACCUGGCAGCCAAGCUUUACCUCACCAACUCGAAGCAGACUAAAUUGCUGACUCAGUACGUACUGAACCUGGCCAAGUACGACCAGAAUUACGACAUCCGGGAUCGGGCACGGUUCAUCCGUCAGCUCAUCGUCCCGACGGAGAAAACGGGAGCCCUGAGCAAGUACGCCAAAAAGAUAUUCCUGGCUCAGAAGCCUGCGCCGGUGUUGGAGUCGCCGUUCAAAGACCGUGAUCACUACCAGCUGGGCUCGCUGUCCCACAUCCUGAACCUGAAGGCCACGGGCUAUCAGGAGCUGCCCAAUUGGCCCGAGACGGCACCGGACCCCUCCGUGAGGAACGUGGAGGUUCCCGAGUGGUCUAAAGCAUCAACGAAGGAGAAGAAGAAGGAAAAGAAGGAAAAGUCGUUCUACUCGGAGUCGGAGUCUGAGGCUACGGAAUCAGCCGACACCAGUGAGGAUUCGGAGAGCGAGUCCGGUAGCGGAUCUGGCAGCGGCUCCAGCAGCGAGGAAGGGGAAAGCAACGAGUCUGAGUCCGAGUCCGAUAAGGAAGACGCCAAGACCAUCAAGGUCAAGGCACACCACACUGACAGUGACAAAAGUGAAGAGGAAACAAAGAAAGUUGCCGGUAAAACGGACGAUUCUUCAGAAGAGAGUUCAUCAGAAGAAAGUUCCUCCGAGAUUUCGUCAAAAAGCGAUUCCGAAUCGGACGAAGCCCCCGUCAAACCGGAGAAGAAGCAGGCCGAAGUGAAGAAAGUGAAGAAGCGAAGUGGCUCGUCGAAGCAGGAGGUGUCGCUGCUGGACCUGGACGACUUCGGCACGAGUCCCUCUGAGCCGGCGACUCCGGUCAGCCUCCUGCCCACGCACCUCGCCACUGACCUGCAGGGCCUGAGCAUGGCCGAGAACUCGCCAACGAUCGACGUGUCCAGCCCCAUGUUCGUGCCCAGCAAGUCGCACGAGCUGCUGCACCGGCUGAGCGGGGAGGGGCUGGCCGCCGAGUACCGCUUCCCGCGCCAGGCCUGCAUCUACAACGCCAAGAUGGUGUCGGUGCAGAUCACCUUCACCAACUGCGGCGACGCCACCGUCGAGAGCGUGCACAUCGGGGAGACCAAACUGCAGCCGGGCAUGAGCAUCCACAAGUUCAAGGAGAUCGAUGCCCUCCCUCCUGGCGAGACGGUGACUGCUUCUUUGGGCAUUGACUUCUGCGACUCCACUCAGCCUGCAAACAUUCACCUGUGUACAAAAAAUAAAAAGUUUCCUGUGAGCAUCCAGACUCCUGUGGGUGAGCUGCUGCUGCCCGUCACCAUGACUGAGAGUGACUUCAAGAAGGAACAAGGAAAACUGUCUGGCAUGAAUGAGACUUCCGCGAAGGUUGAGAUGCCGGCUCACAACUUAACGAGCCAAGUUAUUCGCCAGAAAGUGGCGUCUGUCGCGAAUGUGGGCAGCGUGCCUUCGGGACAGAACAACCUACACAGAUUUGCUGCCAAGACGGUGAGCUCCUCCAGCCUGCUGCUUGUGACUGUGGACAUGAAGUCCGAGGGGGUAGCUCAGCUCUCCGUCAACUGUGAAAAAAUGGUCGUCAGCUCCAUGCUGUUUCAGGAGCUGAAGCAAGUGCUGUCCGAGCCAUAACCGCGUCAACCCAUAUCAACUACCAAAUCUCCCGGUGAUGGGCAAUUCUCAAUCGGCUAUCUACAUCCGGUCCACGUUAUUUAAGUAUGAACAUUUUGUUGUCAAUUUGAACUUCACGAAAUCAAUUUUAAAAUUCACUUAAGUUAUGUAAAACCAAAUAUAUAAAACAACGCCAUUGAAAGUUUAAAGUGGCUAAGUGGCGUGUUUUAGGGUUGCGAUCGCGCUAAGCUCGCGGGAAAUUCCCCCCAGGGCUUCAGGGGUGAAUGAAUACGAUCGGUCAGUCGGGUGCAGCUCGUUCGCCUUUGCUAGUUGGGUAAAACUAUCGACCAGAAUGAAGUAUUUCUCCACGCUUAAAUCCAUGUCAUCGUCAGUCCACAGCUGGAUGAAUGCCUCCCCAACUUUGUCCCCAUCUCUCGCGGUUCUUCUGCGCUGUAACAGUUCGCCUCGCAGCUGCAACGCACGAGCCAAGCGCGUGGCUCCGUCUCCUCGGUGGACGUCCCCUCAGAUCCAUUCCAUUACUUGGUCCCCGUGUCGUCGUUUUUGGCCAUGGGCCAUCUUUCCUGCUAGCAAUGACGUCCUGCCAAAGCCCACUUGGUUUUCACAUCUUGAACGUGGUGCUUAACUAAUCGACGCGUUCCUCUUGUCUCUCAAUGUGCAUCUCUCCGUGCUCCUUUUGUCUACUCUUGAGCUUUUGUUCCAUUUUUAUUGUUCAUCAGCUCGUUUGUUUCUAAACCACGUGCUCCAGCAGGCGGUACCCGCUGAGUGAACACGUUCGUCCAGAGGCCACAUUGCUCAGUUACCUUUCAACAUCAAGUCCAUCCAAAUUCACUCCAGCUUACUCUCAUCCACCCUUCAUCAUUUUAAUUCCAGUCCAUCUUCAAAAGCUGUCUUGGUUACAAAUGCUCAUCCAUGUUUUCCACAUCUCUUCAGUCAUAUUAACUGGAAAUAAUAAUACAUUUUACAUUGAUAGGAUAAGCAUAAGAUGUAAUUUGUAUUUAUUUUGCAAGUUUAAGCAAUGUAUUGGGCAUAACAGGUAAUCCUUAUAGUCAUUGAUACAAUAUUACCAAGAAAAAAAUAUUCUGUAAGUUAUUUCAGAUAGUUUGAAUUUUACCAGAAAGCUAAUUAAGAAAAAUUAAUUUAAAUUGUACAGUCCAUAGGUGUUGCCAAUGUAUGGCUGGACACUUCUGCUCUCUAAAACUUUUUCAGAUUGGAAACCGUUAUGGUCUUAAAACACGUGUUUUUGCGCACGAGUGAAUUUAUAGAAAUGUUUCCCCCGCCGAUAAUCCGGGAAACCCUUACGUAUGUUACGUAGAUAAAUCUUGAGAGGUCAAUAUGCUGUUGUGCCACUUGUACAUGCCGCUGUGGGGGUGGACGGUCCAGGAGAAAAGUCAUUGACGACAAGUCAAAGCAAUGUUCUGCUCAAAUGAGCAUUGAGGCAUUUGUGCUCACCUGUUUACAUCCCUGCUGAACCAGUGGCGGAAAUUCCACAUUACCUGUAGUGGCGGCGAGUCUCUCCAUAGGACAACUACUGUUGACUGGCCCAUCAAGUGGCACUCAUUUUAUCGACACUGGAGGGUAAUGGGCCGAGUCCGUCCCCCCAACCAGAAUUGUAACUCUCGCAGCCUUGCAAUGGCGAGGAGCUCUCCCUCCCGCUGAGCCACCACCUCGCCAGGUGAGCGAGCCACUGGUUCGGGGUAAUGAGCCGCAGGAUGGCAUCGUUCUCUAUGAAGCUCUCCCGCGUGCCGUCGAAUAUCUCCAAGCUGAGUCGAGCCUCACCGCAGGAAGUAGACACCACGGACCCAACGGUUUACCCGACAAAACUGCCGUUGCACGUGCUACAUGCGGCAGUGGAAAUGGGCCUUGGCUUAAAGUCUACGCGCUCAUUGUGUUUCUUGGUUCUCAAGAUUUUCUGAGCGUGGAGCAUUCCGCAGUGUCUUGCUCCAGCACGUCUCGUUUUGAACACUGCAGGUCGGUCGCGAUGAGCCCCGGGCAGACCUUUUCACAGACGUUCAGCAUUUGGCAGACAGGUCGAGAGGUCCAAGCGGCCGCCCUCCUUGAGGUCUCUCCCGAGUCUAAAAACUGCAUCGGCAGGACUCGAUGUCGGCGGCACCAAGCGCAUGUCCCGUCCUUGCCUAGGAGCCGCUCAAGCUGACCGUGAAGGUUGUGGCAUUGUGAAGGCCAAUUGUUGUACCCAGUAUGGGGGUCCUCACCCCAGCUCGACGACGACGGAGCCACCAAACCUUUACGUUGGUACAACACGCGCGCAGAGCACCGCAGUACAACACGCGCGUUUCGGUAGACCCUUGUAUCCCGAUUGAAGGUUUCCCAGGUAGGGCCGCGCGCUGUCGCGGGCAUCUUUAGCAGUGCGGGAUGGACUCUGCAGAUGCCACCCCGCAGCAGCAGCAGCAGCGCGUGGCGAAGGCUUGAGACUAGAAAUGCCCAACUCGUGGCCCCAACCCACAAAACCACACUCGGGGGAUUGCUGCAAUGGGAAAACUGUCCUCAGUGCAAACUUUAUUGGGUAAAUCCAUUCGCACGUUCAUCCAGACUUGUUCGUCCUCGUUUCCAUCGUCGUGUUCAUUUUGGCGAGUUUGAUGCCCUCCACGUUAGUUGCAAUAGCUUUCGAGAUUGCCCAUCGCUGCCGAGUUUGCUGGGUGCGAUGAACCGUCAACUUUUGUAUAUGGCCAUUUGAAAUGAUGCUGCAGCCUCUGCACAUAAAUUAUACAUUUACCGUACAUUCCUCUCCUUGGUUGAUAAUCAUGUAUGCAAAUAGUUGUAGGCAGUGUUAAUUGUGUUCACAUUAGUGACGAAACUAUUCAUCGGCGAAGUGGACGAAAAUCAUGGAGAGCGACGGUGACCGCCCACCACAGACCAAAGUGCGACUUGCCGUGACGAGUCUGAACCCAGAUUAUUCAGUACGAGGAAGUCCAAACAUGGCGAAAUAUUUUCCGAGUUCACUAUUUGAUCGACCUGGUUGAUGGGGGGCGAGAUCUGACACUUAAAUCAACGUUCACGAACCAAGAGUGGACUAAAUUGUUUUUUGCAAAUGAGAACGACUUAUGACUAAAUUCCACAGGUUUGUCAGGUACGGGGCUAAGAUUACGAAAGUAAUUGGGGACGAUAUUAACACUGCUUGUAGAGUUUCCCCCUUUCCGUAGUUUGUUACUUUUCCAAUGUGAUGUAAUCUUGUGAUUUCAAACCCUGCAUGCAAGUUAAUAAAAUGUACACAAAAAGUG